CCAACCAAUUAGAUUGUGGGGGUGGGACUGUUAUUCAAGAAGCGCGAACGGUUAAGAACAGCUAAAUGAGAAAAUGGCGAUUAUUUAGUGUAUAGUAUUGCGAUUAACGUUGCGUUCAGUCUUUUAGAAUUCUGGGAAGUCUCGUUUUUACGUUCGACUAUGUCUGUUUUACAGCGCAGGCGUUACGUCGCUUUAAUGACAACCGUCCAAACCUUCGUAAGGCGUCACGUCAGGCUGUUAGCAUAGUUAAAUGGGAACGGUUGUUUGCUAGCAGGUAGCGGUUAGCUUAGGAAACAUGAAGUUAGCAAAAAACGAACCACUUAAACUAAGGUAAAGUUAUUACUUGCCACGAAAGAGAAGCUAUAUCUAAACUGUUAACAUAGUUUGGUCAACAUUUGACCAAUACGUGCAGGGUUCCAUGUCAUAUUGUUGAGCCAAUCGCACUGUUGUUUAUGGGCAUCGCGUUUAAUAAGCAUGGCUCUGCACAACCUAGUGUUUGUUAUCGACGUCGAUUGUGACGAUUACGAGCCAGACCAUCGACCGGAGAUCCGAAACAAUUUCGUCAAACGAGGGAUACUGUACAUCCUGCUGCAUUUCGGCUACAAAUAUGGGUUUGAGAAAGUGCGUUGGGGUUACAAGUUUUCCCAGUCCAGAGCUGGCCGCAAUGCCGGCGUCAUGUCGAGGGGAUCCGACUUCAAGGAGCUGCGACACAAGACGUUCGAGGACUUUGAGCAGGAGUUUGAGGCGAGGUUUGACGCGAGGGACAAAGCGUGUCCGUCCCAGCACAGGCGUCAGGCCAGUAAAUCGGCUUCGGUUCAAAACGCGCUGAGGGAAACGCUGCUGGACUUCCAGUGGGACAGGCCGGACAUCACUUCUCCAACUAAACUUUCGCUGAGGUCCAGGAAGCCGAGUCGCGCUGGAAAGCUCCCCCUGUCCCAAGAAAGCGACUCUCCGAGCGGCGGCAGGAACUUCGUGUUCGUGGUUUCGCCGUGUCCCCGUUCGAGGGCGCAUCUUCUGGAGUACCUGUCCGUGAAGGAGGACGAGCUGCCGGCAGACGUGACGGAGUGCAUCCUGCCGAGGAGCGUGAACGACAUGCUGGUUCAGCAGCGGGUCGUCCUGCACUGGAUCGACUGUCGGUCGCGUUUGGAGGCCAUGAGCUGCGAGGACUGUUUUGGGUCUGCCAAGCUCUCUGCUGUUCUGGCUCAGGUGGGCGGCAGAGUGAUCCCCGUGGUUGAGCUGCUGGACCUCGGCUGCAGUCACAAAGCAGACCCGGCGCUCAGGAGAGAAACCUUCUUCGUCAGCUCCAGCAUCGGAUACCUGCUGUCGUCCGAGAGGCUGUACCGCCUGGCUUUUCCUGCCGCAGCCGGUGUUCUGCUUUGGAAUCAUGGAACGGCGGCUCAUAGCUGCCAUGUUGUGGUGGAGCCGGUGUGUCGUGGUCAGAGGCUGCUGCAGGAGUCUGUCCAGGUGCACCUAAAGGGGGCGCUGCAGAGGUGGGAUGCUUCGUUGUUGACCCAAACCUGCACCGAGUCGUGGGUGCUUCACCUCUCCAGUAGCAGCGACCACGGAGCCGCUGCCUUCUUGCAUCUCCUCAGGCAGCUGUCUGCUCUUUCGCUUCACAUGUGUGCAGAAGUCAGUCACGAUGGCUUGUUGUGUCCAGCUAUCUUCUCCCCGCUGUCACAGUCCACGGCGCUGCUCACCAUUGUCCAGCCAUUAAUCCUUCAGCAUGAACAGCUCCUGAAGACAGAGAUCACCGCCCCAGUCGCAGCUGAAAGCUCCGCUGAUCUGCCAGAUGUGGUGAACAGUGUUCUCAGCGUCAUUUACGACAUCAUGAACGAGGACGGUGAUGAGACCAACGGUGAGGUGGAGGAUCCCCCUGCACCUGAGUGGGCUCUGCAGGAACUGAGCCAAAGGCCAGCAACAGCAAACAUGUUGGAGACCUGGUUCCCCCAGUCGGAUCAGUCUGGAGUCAGCACCAAUUUAAUGGAGUCAAUAAGAUUGCUUCAUGCAGUACCAGAUCAAAGCACAGAUGAGGAUCUUUCAGACACUCACCAGGAUCUUGUCAGCGGUCUGUCUGAACUGUACCAGGGAUCCCAGGAGUCCGUCAGCAAAAGGAGCAAAAAACGAGGCGCCCACCGUACGCCCGUGAAGCAGAAAAUGAAGACAAUGAGCCGCUCUCUGCAAAUGCUCAAUGUGGCGCGGCUGAACGUGAAAGCCCAGAAGACGGAGACGGCGGGGAGUGAGGGCCGGGCGGCUGACAGAGCGGGGAAGAGACGGCUAAGCGACAGGAACAAACCCGGAGCAGCGAGCGCUCCCAGCUUCUCUAGUGAGAAGGAGCUGCUGCUGCAUCUGCAGGCCAGUUACGAGAAGACGGUGGCAGAGAGGGACUCGUCGCUCCUAACAAGUGUUCAGCAGCUCCUGAAUGCCGUGAAGGCAUUUCUCAGCGCUGAAUCAGACUGGGAGGAAAAGGCCUCUUUGAUCGUUCAGCAGCACCUCAUGAAGACUGGCAAGUCUAUCCGUCAGCUUUACGGCGGGCCACACGAUGUUGAGAGCAAAGUGCGAGAGUGCCAACUGCAAGUGAUGCUGCGGCUGGAGCUGUGCAGGCGUUUCUCUUCAAAACAGUCUGACUCCGUAGAUGCAGACCAGAUGGCAGAGGAGGCAGCUGAAAUACUCAGGAUAAUCUCAUUAACAAAAGACCCGCUGUGCCUAGCAAGGUUCCUUCAAGAUGAAGUCCUCCCAGGGUUUCUGACUGGUGUUCCCAAAGUGCUCGCGGAGAUCUACAACAGCCUGGGCACUCAGCUUCCCGAUGCUUUAGUGACCGUUCUGCCUGCUGACUUCUUCAGCGACGACUCGCUCGCCAAGGACAGCAUUUCUCCUUCUGCCUCCUCCCCUGCCGUCUCAACGCAGAGCCUCGUCUCAGAGGACGGCUUAAACCACCUGCGGAACCGCUCAGCCAACAAGAGGAGGAGUGGGAUGUUGACCCGACAUCGCAGUAUGACCGAAUCCACACAGAGUCUUCGUCAAAUACAGCUGCCCAAAAAGAUCACCAGAGCAUCCAAGACGGAGGUCUCUACUGCUUUGGCGAAACCUGCAGAGACACAGCAGCCUCAGAAAAAACAAACACAAGAGAUGACCAAAGUAAGAAGAAACCUCUUCAACCAAGAGAUCGUCUCCCCUUCAAAGAAGAGGAAACUGCCGAGGAGCCAGUCUGUGUCGGCUGUGGAAGGACUGAAACGCAAGCGUUCCCUGGAGUCUGAAGAAAAGCACAGACUUCUCACAAAGAAGGUGUGUGAGACGCCUCUCCACAAGCAGGUGUCCAGCCGCCUCUUACAACGGCAGAAAAUAGGAAGAAAAUCUGACCUUACUGGCGAAUGCAUAGUCGAGGAGUCACCGGUAAAACCAGACGACCUGAGAAGGAGCCCAAGAAUAAAGAAGUUUGCUAGAAGACACUCAAGCAUCUUCUACUCGAGUUCUCAGCCUCGCUCCAGAAACCUGGAGAGAGCGCUGUCUUCAUCCCAGCUUUCUCUCAGCGACAGCAAAGUCUGCGGCGUAAAUGUGAAAACUGUCAAGUCUCCCAUGCGUCUGCUCUUCGGGGCCGCUGGUUCUCCCAGAAGUUCCAGCGACCAGUUUGAUGAAACCCCAACAACCAGAUCUCCCUUUUUCACAGACUCCAGUGUUUUUGAGAGUCCAAGCAAAACGCCAUCAAAGUCACCCAGCAGACGUGGAAGGAACAUUUCUCCUAAGAUGGCCAGGAGCCCUCAGACGCCCCAAACCCGGCUAUCGGCUAAAAAGCGCGUUUCUGUGGCUGCAGAGAGUCCUGCAGCAGCUGCACAGGCCAGUCCUUUGAAAUCCCCUGGCAAAGAGCCUCUUGUUGUAAAGACACCCAGUAAGCAAAGCCCUGUUAGGAGUCCUUUGAAGGGUAUUCUUAGGACUCCGGUGAAGGCUUCGGGAUUGUGUAAACUUAGCAGCCCAUUGUCCAAGACUCCCAAGAAGAGCGUCACAUGGUCUCCCUCUCCUAAGAAAUGUUCCGUGGAGGAGGACCGUGCAACUUUCAAAGUGCCUAAGUCACCGAGUACAGCUUCUCUCAGUUCUCUGAGACAAAGCAACACUCCCGACAAGCUCAGCAGUCCAGGUGGAGGCACUAAUGUUAAAAGAGACAUUUUUAAAACCCCCGAUAAGAUCUGCCAAGUAAGCCUCCUGCGGCUAUCCGAACACGAUUUAGUGACUCCAGAAAAAAUCAAAUCUUUGAUAUGUAACACAGCUGAAAGCGGGGAUGCGGUACGUCCGGAGAGGACGCCGCCGCCGCCGCUACCCCUGGCAUCCUCAACCCAACAAGUCUCACCUCAGCACAAAACCAGAACUCUGGAGAGGACACCGAGCCCCGUUCACCAGAUGAUGACCCGCUCCAGAAGAACCCCGAGGAAAGGCUCAGACUCCGCGUCCCCGCUGGAGGCGACGUGUCAACAGCCAGAGGGUGAUAGACUUUUGAAAGGCCCAGCGUCUGAACGUUCACCAGCAGCAGGGGAGCAGCAGUCCUCUCAGACGGACUCCAGUCUCCAGACCGAGUCACAGGAAUGCGAUUCUUCUCAUAGUAACUCUGCGACCACAGACGACAACAGUCUGGACAUCGUUGACGCUGCAGUGGUAAAGACUCAGUUUAAUCAAGGCUUAAAGAUGAGCAUCAGCUUCUCCAGGAAGUCUCCUGUUUGUAGUCCAGCCGGUCUCGACAGAGCAGCUUCCCCUAAGCGGCCCUCGCCCAGCCGGAGCUACGGCUUCCGACAAACCCCCGACCGCCGGCAGAGGGAGGCCGCGGCUCGUCUGGGGUACGGGAACGACUCCCCCCGGUUUUCCACCCCCAGGAGCUUGGUGAGGUCCAGCAGGAAGAAGGGCUCCGGCAGCCCUAUUUCUCCUACCUACCAGGUCGAGCUGGAGAUGCAGACGUCGGGGCUUCCCAAGCUCAAAAUUAAACGAGCAUCUUCCGUGACCGCAGAAGACUUUUCCUCCGGCGGGUCUCCUCAACCGGGAGCGCCGAUCGCUUCAGUCGGAGCAAAACCUCCCCCAGAAAGCCCCCUGGCCUCAAAGUCCACACACAGAGACCCCGCCGGCUACGCCCCGUCCCUCUGUGCUCACGCCACCCCAGCCAAGUGCACUCCUGGGAAAGGCGGCGGCGUCCAAACGUACAUCUGUCAGUCCUACACCCCCACGCGCCACUCCGCGGCAGCCACGUCUCCGGUAGCCACGGCGAUAGCGGGCACCAUUCCCUUCACCCCCUCGCCUCAGAGCGUGGGCAAAGUGACCCCAGAGAACCUGAACAGCUGGCCUCGCAGGAAGAGGCCUCAGCUGGGGGUGUUUGACGGCAAGGACCGGGUCCUGAGGGGGGAGCCCCCGCUGGAGGAGCUGCUGGAGGAGGCCGAGCUGGGAGUCAGCCGCCUGCAGGACUUCGAAGACCCCGAGGAACCCUCCGGCGGCAGGUCGGCCUGGGCGUCCAAACGGGCGUCCCCGCCGAACGCGUCUCCUCUCUCACCAGCGGAGGACUUGUACUGGAUGGCCAAGCUGGCCGAAGGCGCAGACUGCGCUGAUUCUGGGAAAACCGCAGAGCUCAUCUGGGCGUCGGAAAGUGGAGACGUCAAGUCAGCGGUGACCCCUCCCAGUCUGAAGGGGAGAAAACCGGUAACGCCGAGCGGUAUUCUGGCCCUCACUCAGUCGCCGUUGCUGUUUAAGGGGAAAACGGGCUCCGCUUGUAAGAAAAUGGCCCAUCUGAAAGAGGAAUCGGGGAAAACGGAGCGUGAUCUGGAGCGCUCCCCUUUCAGCCUCUGCCAGCCGACUCGGCGCCCAAACGCCGGGAGGACCCACAGCAGGAAGAGACUUCUGCACUGACGCCAAUCCCAGCAAUAAGACCCCCUCCGCUGCGUUUUCUACUGUGAAACUGAGGCUUUGGGUAGCGUAGGCUGUCAAAGUUUUACCGGACAGCUGUUUAAAGCUGCUUUUGUGCAGUCGGGGGCGUAUACGUGUUCAAAGGAUGCUUAAAAUGGCUUUCACCAACUGUGUUUGGAGUACAUUGAACAAAAAAAAGGGGCCAUGUUUGUUGUUUUUAGUCUGCUUGAAGCUCAAACAAUGUGAAGCGUGGCACUACUAUACAUAUCCUUCAUAUUUUCUUUCCCACAAGUGUAAACACUUAUUUUGCAAUCAAAUCAGACCCUGUCCUUAUCCGUUUAAAUAAUAUUGCUUAUUUAUUAACUUGUUCUCCUUUUUUUAUAUAUAUAUAU